AUGAGUGAAGUUGGUGUGAUUGAGUGUAAAUGCCUCAACCGAGCCCCAGUCGUGAGUCCUCGUAAUAUGGGCUUUCAGUGUACUGAUGGCAUCCAUACAGACAAUACUGACCCUAGGGUACUCCGACUGACAGAUCCUCAUUGCCGUCGUGUAGAGUUUUUGCUAUGGAUGUCGGCUGACAGUGAUUCCAAAGCAAAUUUGACGGACGAGCAAUAUUCACCCACGAAUCCGAAGAGUUUGGCACCGAUUGAAAAGCAACAACAGUCUGGAACCGUUCUCGCUCCCAUUCCGUUGCGUCACAUCUCCGGUAUAGAUCCAUUGCCAACAAAGCUUAUUGAAGUGAAGUUCAGUUGCUCAACCGGAGUGCCGACCUCCAUCAGUCGGCGUCUCACAUUUUUGAAUCCGGUUAGAGGAAUCCUGAAGAGUGAUAGAAGCAGAUGGUACUUACCGAAUCACGCUGCAUUCGCUGGUGGUGAGAAGCACCCACAACAACAAAGCCAGGUGUUGGACGCGGGACAUACGGGUCGGAAACUAGCAGAAGCGUAA